GCACGAACCUUCCGACAGCGACAACGUUAACGCAAAACGUAACAGCCUCUACUACUAGCCGCAUCUGACAACGCAAUAUCGACGACAACGACGACGGCGACGGCGACCGCGAACGAGAUCGAGCCAACAAAAGUGCCGCCUAAGAGGCAACCGUAGACGCCGAUGACAACAAACCCGUCGUGGCACUCGCAGAUGCAAGACGCAGCGCGCUUCAAUCCAAUCCGAUCACAAAAGUGAAAAUAGCAAUUCAAUUUAAAGACCAAAGCAAACAAAUACGGAAUACACAAAACUGUUCGAAAAUUCGCGUAUAUCGUGCAAAAUCAUCAGUUUUCGGUCGCACAAUUGCGGAGCAAAUAGCGAAAAUUAAUUAGUGACAUUAUAAAUCGCGUAUAAGCAUUUUCGUGGCAAAUCAUUUUACAGUCAGUCGCUCACAAGCGCGACCAGUGCGCACAAAAGGGAAAAGACCCAACAAAAAUAAAUAAAUAAAUAAAUAAAAUAGAAACAGAAACAGGAACCGAAAACGUAUUCAAAAUCAAAAAAAAAUCAUCGAAAUCCUCAACGACGCCGGUCACAGCGACACCAAAUCACAAGCCGGUCACGUGAUCAGAGCAGAGCAACAUGGCCAAGGAUUUGAGAACACUGGGCUGGGAUUAUUUCAUGUUUACAGCAUUUAUAGCGCUCACCGUCUUGGGACCACUUUGGAAGCGCAUUUUUGGCAAGACCAAGCAACGCAGCAAGGCGGAUUAUGUGUUUGCCACCGGCAGUGUAUCCCUAAUUGCCGUCAUGAUAUCCAUAGCACGUGGCAUACUUGGUGUCCGAUCAGUUCUGGGGUAUUCAAGUGAACUUUAUUAUCGCGGCUCAGCCAUGUGGGAGAUAAUUUAUGGCAUGAUGAGUGCCUAUCCAAUUGUUUGCUUUCUGUUUGUGCCCGUUUAUUUUAACCUGGGCAUCACCUCUGUUUAUCAGUACAUCGAUCUAAGAUUCAAGAGUCGCACCGUUCGCUGCCUCGCCUCUGCCACAUACAUCGUGCGGCAAAUCUGUAACCUGGGCAUCACAGUCUAUACGCCCAGUGUGGCACUAUCCGCGGUCAUUGGUAUACCCUAUUGGGCCUCCAUUGUUGGCCUGUCGGCCAUUUGCAUAUUCUUCACCAUUAUGGGCGGACUUAAAGCGGCCAUUAAUGCGGACGUCAUCCAAACUGUAACCAUUCUGCUGGUAACCAUUGCGGUCUGCAUUAAGGGUACCAUCUCCAGCGGCGGGCCAAAGAACGUUUACCAGCUGAACCGUGACAAUGGACGCUUAAAUUUUUGGAACUUUACCGGCGAUUUUACGGUGCGCGUGGAUACCACCUCUGCCUGGCUGGGGCAGCUGUUUAUGUCGCUCUCACAGAUUGGCUGCCAGCAGAACUUUAUGCAGCGCUACGUCAGUCUCAAGUCGUUAAAGGAGGUGCGAAAGGUCAUGCUGAGCAACUUGCCUAUUGUUUUCGUGUUCUUUGCACUCUCUUGGAUGUCGGGCAUGGUCAUUUACUCCACGUACGUCAACUGUGACCCUUAUGCUGAGGGCUACAUCAGAAAGCCCGAUGAGAUUUUACCAUUCUUCGUGGAGGAUCAGCUGGGCUUUGUGCCCGGCUUUGUGGGCAUCUUCAUGGCCACACUAUUCAAUGGUGCACUCUGCAUGAUGGUCUCCAAUCUAAAUUCUCUGUCCACCGUUUUCUGGGAGGAUUUCCUGUCGCAGUUGCCCCGAUUCAAGGGCUUAACCGAUACCCAGCAAUUGAGAAUUAUUAAAAUUGUGACCAUUGUUUGCGGUCUGAUUAUUAUGGGUGUGGCCUUUGGAGUCGGUCUGCUCUCCGGCGUCAUUGAAUCGUCGCUGCUCGUUUUCUCGGCCACAUCUGGGCCGCUGCUGGGCUGCUUCAUUUUGGCCAUGAUGGUGCCCGUGGCCAACUGGAAAGGCACAUCCGCCGGCAUGAUCACUGCUUGCGCUUUCGUGCUCUGGAUCAUUGGCGGUAGCAUGACCAUUGACAAGCCCUCCACAAUGCUGCCCACCACAACAGAUGGUUGCUCCAACAGCACCUUCUCGCGAUCAAUUGCCAAGCCAAGCAGUGGAAUCGAUGAGCUGCCUUGGCUAUUGAAGCACACACCGAUCGAUGUUGACAAUCAAACAUUCUUAGAUCCGUCGCCCAGGAUUGCUAAUGAGCGGUCAACUUUGGAUACAUUUUAUUCGAUCAGCUUUAUGUACUAUAGUUUGAUUGGCACAAUGCUGACGGUUCUCAUCGGGACACUGAUCAGUUGCUUCACCCAGCAUGCAGAUGAUGAGUACGACGCCAAGCUGUUGCAUCCGCUUAUCUUCCGGUGCUACGAACGCCUGAAUGUGCCCAAACCCUACUACAUUAAGCACGAGGAGGAAUCGGGUCUAAAUAGGCGCAGUAGUAGCAAUUCAUCGGCAACGACAACAUGCAAAGAGGAGAAAAUUAAUCAUGCCUUCGAUGCCAACGAGACAAAUUUGCGCGCCGCAAAGGAGAAGAGGAAUCCCAUUGCCGUGAUAUUUACGGAUGGCUCCAGCACUGACAAUGGGCGGGAGCAGCGCAGCUCGAUUUGCGAUACCAGUAGGAUACAGAUGGACACUGUGCCAUCGGGAGAGAUGGGCACCUAUCGACAGCUCAACCCCAAGGCGACAUUAUUGUGAGGCAAUGUACGAAACCCUCUGCAUAUGCUGCAUAAAUCAAUGGAUAAUAAUAAGUAAUUUAUAGAGUUAGUCUGUAGAUUGUCGUAAGCUAAGGCAUCAUGUAAACUAAUUAAGUCAGUCCUACACCUUCAGUGUAUCAAAGUCGAUAAAGAUGCUGUGAUUUAUGUACAAGAGUAUACAUUUACGCCUAUUGCAAUAUUAAUUUUUGAGCGUUGUGUAGAGAAAGCUAUUUAAUGUUUAUGUACUUAUAUAUAUGUAAGCAAAAACAAUACCAGAAUUUUUAAUUUUAUCAUUAUCUAUAUAUUCGUGCAAUAAAUAAGACAAAUGUAUUUAAAUUAAAA